AUGGGCACCCGCGGCCUCAUUGGCUACAUUCUCCGCAACAACAAGCACAGGGCCAUGUACAACCAUUUGGGCUCUGAUCCGCCCUGUUUAGGCCACCAAAUCGCACAAUUCAUCAUCGGCCUCUCCCCCGAGCAGUGUGCAGAGAUGGCGGAGCUGAUUGACAAGAUUGAGGCGAUUGAUUGCAGUUCAAGUCUCAUAUCGUCUCUCACGGAGAUCGCACGCUAUAUGGCCGUCGACGGUAUCUGGCCACACAGAUUACCUUACGGUGGUCCUCAGCAUUGGUUUCAGAAUUCCGACUUUGAAGGGCUGCCAGAGAAGGAAAAGGAAGACAAGAUUGCAGAGGAAACAUAG